AACACAAAUUAACUCAAUUUGCAGAAUAAUUUGACCCUUCAGAAAAAAGAAAGGAAAAAAAAAAUUCUACUCUCCAACUCCCCUGCCUCGUCCCCAGUUCCACGCCGCCACCUCAGCCAGUCCUCCGUCAUCAGCGGCCAGCGCCACCACAUACCUCCGUUCCGACCCUUCUUCAGACUAUAACAGAAGCCAGUUACCUAGCUAUUUUAGCUUCAAAUUCCUUCCUAUGGUUCAAAAAUGAACUUAUCACCUCGUAUCAUUCCCCCUUUAGCUCCCCAUUUACUCUUCAAAACUUUCCCUCUCUUAAUUCAAACUCGCCACCCUACUUUUUCAACCCUAACUCUUCAAGAUUCCUCCAAUAUAAUCACCUCUAUAUGCAAUUCCCUACGCAGAGGUGAAAAUUGGGAAUACUUAACCAAAAAGUUUCAAUCUUUUCACUUCACACCCCCAAUUAUUCAACAAGUGCUUUUAACCCUCAAAGAACCAAAUGAUUCCAAAAAUGCCCUGAGUUUCUUCCAUUGGUCAUCAAGAAAUUGCAAAUUUAAACAUGGGGUUUUCACUUAUUGCAUUACAAUUCAUAUUCUUGCAAAAUCUAAGCUUGUCAAAGAUGCAAAGGCACUGCUUGAAUCUGCUUUGAAAAAUGAAAAUUUAUUUGUUGUUCUUGAUUCUUUAAUUGGAAGUUAUAAGUUAGUUGAUUCGUGCCCGUUCGUGUUUGAUUUGUUUGUUCAGUGUUGUGCUAAGUUGAGAAUGAUAGAUAAGUGUGUAGAUGUUUGUAACUUGUUGGAUGAAAAUGGAUUUAUGCUUAGUGUUAUUAGUUACAAUACUAUGCUUCAUGUUGUGCAGAAAUCGGAAAAGACUAGUAUAGUUUGGGGUAUUUAUGAGUAUAUGAUUGAGAAAAGGAUAUACCCGAAUGAAAUGACUACGAGAAUUAUGAUUAGUGCUUUGUGUAAAGAAGGGAAGUUGCAACGAUUUUUGGAUGUUGUGGAGAGAAGUCAUGGAAAAAGAUGUCAGCAACCCGGGGUUGUUGUGAAUACGUGUUUGAUAUAUGGGAUGAUUGAGGACGGUAGAAUUGAAGGCGGGUUGAGUUUGAUGAAGAGAAUGUUGCAAAAGAAUAUGAUACUUGAUAUGAUUUCGUGUUCUUUAGUUGUUCUUGCAAAGGUGAAGAUGAGAGAUUUGGAGUCCGCUUUGGGUGUUUAUGAUGAAAUGCUUAGGCGGGGUUUUGAAGGGAAUGCACUAGUGUACGAUUCGUUCAUUGGGGCGUAUUGUGAGGAGAAGCGGAUAGAUGAAGCAAUUAAGCUGAUGGAUGAAAUGGAGUGUUUGCAUAUGAAACCAUUUGGCGAAACAUUCAAUCAUCUGAUUAAGGGUUGUUCAGAAGUGGGAAGAUUAGAAGAAAGCAUGAAAUUUUGUGAUAAAAUGAUGGCGAAUGGGUUCGUUCCUAGUUGUUUAGCUUUUAACAAACUUGUCGCUAAGCUUUGUGAAAAUGGAAGUGCAAAGUCUGCUGAUCAGCUAUUGACUUCUCUGAUGGGUAAGGAUUUUGUUCCAGAUCAAAGUAUCUAUACUUACCUCAUUGUUGGUUAUGCCGACGAAGGUGACAUUGAAGGAGCACUUAAGCUUUAUUAUGAAAUGCAGUAUAGGUCGAUCUCUCCUAAUGCUUCUAUUUUUGAUUCAUUGAUUAUUGCUUUGUGUCAAUGUGGGAGAUUGAAAGAAGCCGGCGAGUUUUUCUCUUUAAUGAUUGGUCAAUCAUUGACACCAAGCAUUCAUGUUUAUAAGAAAUUGGUCGCAAGCCACUUGGAGAGGGGCGAUGAAACAGGGGCUCAUCAGCUGUACAGACAAAUACGUAGAGAGAUUGGCGACAUGCAAUAGAGUAGUUUCUGAUCUUUCUACUUUACUUGAAAUGCAAUAGAGCUGUAUCAAUAAGCAGAUUAAAAAUAAAAUGUUUCUCAUAACAUUCUUUGUGAUGGUAUUGGUGAGCUUUGGUUGCCAAGUGGUAACAUGAUCUUCUCCGCUGUAGGUUGGUUGUUGGUAUCAUAUUGUUUAGUGAUGCGAUUCAUUUCUGAGCGUAUAGGAGCCUUUGAUAAAAAAAAAUGCUUUAUCUCA